UACAGUAAGGCAAUUAUUACCAUAUUAACAGACACUGUGGUAAAGUUUAUCGUAAACAUCCAGUAGAACAGACUACAGACUGCUGUCAGCUAGCUACUGGGUAUGUCAGCUUUGUACAGUGUCAUUUUUGAACAGUUUCAAAUCAUUUUUGCUAAAGUUUUAAGCCACACUUUACAGAUUUUUAAUAAUCUGGAACAAGUUUGAAGUACUUUUAGACAAUUGCAACAAAUUUUGAGUCAUUUUGGACAAUUAUCAGACAACUGUGGACAAAUUCUGUGUAUUUUUGCAACACACUGAAUACUUUUAAACAAUUUUUUGUCGUUUUGGACCAAUUUUAACUCAUUUUUGACAAGCUUCAGGUCACUAAGGACAAAGUUUGAAUCAUUUUGGACAAGUUCCACAUCACUGGGGACAGAUGUUUGUUGUUGUGGACAACUCAUGGGCAUUUUAGUCAUAUUUUGAGUACUUUUGGACAGACUUUAAGUCAUUAUGGACAAUUAUUGGGUAAUUGUGGAUGAUUUUCGCAUAUUUUUGGACGCUGUUUGGUUCACAGGCUCAGAGCUUCCUGGUGCUGCAGUGAAUGUAUGAGAGCAGCAGUUGGUUUACUGCCCAGAUAGCUGCUUCCAUGGAAAACCUCCAGUGAACGUAACACCCACAAACACUGUCAGAGAAGGAAGAAGAGCUCAGAUGGAGAGAGGAUUAAGUCAGACGGACGGACGGAUGAACGGAGGUAGAGCUGCGACGACAUGAACGAUGACGGCAACGCCUCCGUCGCAGCGGAGUCGCUGAUGGCGUGUGUCCACGAUGACGAUGCCUUCAAGUACCAGGCGUACACCUUCACCUACCUGCUGGUGUUUCCUGUGGCGUUCCUCUGCAACGUCGGGGCGCUGGCCGUGUUCUUCCUGCAGAGCGGAAGCAGAAGCUCCGCCUCCUGCGUGGUCAUGAUGAACCUCGCCCUAUCAGACGGCAGCUUCUCCCUCACCCUCCCUCUGAGAUUGGCUUAUUACAUCGGGGGCGGGGAGUGGAUCUUCUCUGAUUGGCUGUGCAGACUGUGUGUGUUCGGCUUCUACCUGAACCUGUACACCAGCAUCCUCUUCCUCACUCUACUGAGCAUGCUCCGCUGGUUGGCUGUGGCCCGCCCCCUCCGUCACCGGACUCUGGCCACACCCACUCGAACCUUAUUGGUCUGUCUAGGAGUGUGGCUGCUGGUGGGCGUGUCCUCUGCCCCAUUCCUGUCCAAUGGGGUGACACACAGGAAGGGGGUGCCGCGCUGCUUUGAGCCGUCCACUCCGUCUUCCUGGUCCCGCAUCCUCAUCCUGAACUACGUGGGAUUGGUCCUUGGCUUCCUCCUCCCCUUCCUCACCAUCAUCAGCUGCUACAGCGACCUGGUUCGUCGGCUGAUGUUUGGCUCCGCCCCCCGCGGCACCGGCGUCAGCAGACGCAGGCGGCUGCGCUCGGUGCACCUGGUCGCCAUGGUGACGGCCACCUUCCUGGUCUGCUUCCUGCCCUACCACGCAGUGCGCUCGCUGCACCUGCACGCCGUCUGCGGUGGCUGGAGCUGCGGCGUGACGCUGCGGCUGCAGAGGGCCACGGUGGUCACGCUCUGCCUGGCCGCCUCCAACAGCGUGGCCAACCCCCUGUUCUACUACUACGCUACCAGGACCUUCAGGGACAGCAUGAGAGACGCCUCGCUGCUUGCCACCAGGGGCAGCUCCUUCAGGACCGGACUGAACCGGCUCAGACGGAGGAACACCGCCUGACAAUGUUUGACUAACACUGAAACCUAAAAUCUAAUUUAUCCUCUGGGAAGGAACCAGGUGAAGAUACAGAAGAUGGAAAACAGCUUUACUGUUUAUUAGCUUCAGUGCUCCGUAAUAGACAAAGACACACAAAACGACCACAAAGAGACACAAAACCACAAUAAAGAGACACAAAACAACCACAAACACACACACAACAACCAGAAAGACACAAAACAGCUGCAAAAAAACACACGAAACAAUCACAAAGAGACAAAAAAAUGACCAAAGACACAAAACAACCUCAAACUCACACAAAACAAUUACAAGGAUACAGAAUUUUGGAGAUAUUGUGCAUUUUUUGAUGUUAUUUGUCUCUGUUUUGUGUCUCUUUGUGGUUGUUUUGUGUCUCUUUGUGGUUGUUUUGUGUCUGUUUGCGGACAUUUUGUGUCUCUUUGUGGUUGUUUUGUGUCUCUGUGGUUGUCUUGUGUCAGUUUGUGCUUGUUUUGUGUCUCUUUGUGAACGAUUUGUGCCUCUUUGUGGUUGUUUUGUGUGUCUUUGUGGACUACUUGUGUCUCUUUGUGGACUACUUGUGUCUCUGUGGUUGUUUUGUGUCUCUGUGGUUGUUUUGCGUCCCUUUGUGGUGUUUUUGUUUGGGUUUGUGGUUAUUUUUGUGUGUUUUUGUGUUUCUUUGUGUGUUUCCUCUGUUAAACUGCUGUUUGGUCUUCAUACAAGUUCAGGUCUAUAAUCUCUUUACGUUCUGAAGCAGAGAGGAUUCCUUGUAUUUCAGUCCCGGCUGGUGAGCAGCGGUAGAGUCUCACAGAGUAACGCUGCCCUCUGCAGGAUCACUGCAGUUAUUCACUGUCAACAAUACAACAUGGAAUUGUGUUUAUUUAACUACUGACUUAUUAUUUCACAGAUUUACCAUUUUUUGUUAAACUAAAGAUAAUAACCAGUGAAAUCACAGGAAAAAAAUGCAAAUUUACAUGUUGACCAAAACUGUAAAUAGUCAUGACCUGAUGUUCUGUAUUUAAAUCCACAUAAAAAUCAUUAUUUUACACUCAACUGCUGUUAUGUAUAUGAAGUAUGAAAAUGGUAAAUCAUUGUUUUUCUUGUUUUUAAAUCACGGGUAAUAUCAAAUUAAGGCUGUUUAUGGAUUUACUUCAUUCAAAU